AGCUAAUAAAAAUGUUUAGAAAUCUCUUUAAAAGACCAAGAAUCAUCCAAUUGGAAUAAUGGAUUUUUCAGUUUUAGAACCUUUUUAUUAGAAAAAUAUUUUGAUUAGGCCUUCUGUAGAUGAAGCUUCUUGCCUGGUGGCCCAUUUAACAUUCCCUCGGCAGCUCAGCUCAUAUCCCCGGCGGUAACCAUAACUGGUCUUCUCACUUUGUGUUCUCCUCCGUGCUCCACUCCUCCGCCGGUAAGUUAACGAUGACCGAUUCCCUCGACGGGUCCCCGGCCGGCCCCCUGAUCCCCCAGCUCCCGGACGACCUCUCGAUCCGGUGCAUCGCGCGGGUGCCCCGAUCCUCCCACUCGGCCCUGGCCCUCGUAUCGCGAUCCUGGCGCUCCCUGCUCCGCUCCCCGCUCUUCUUCGCCCUCCGGUCCGACCUCGGCGCCCUGCAGCCCUUCCUCUGCCUCAACGUCCGCACCCCGACAGACCAGUCUUGCUGGUACCUCCUCGACCCCGCCGACCGCUGGAACCCUAUCCUCCUCCCCGCCCCGCAGCUCCCCACCGUCGGCUCCGCCUGCGCCGCCCUCGGCUCCACCCUCUUCGUCCUCGGCGGCUCCCUCCACGGCGUCCCCUCCGCCGCCGUCCAGCUCUUCGACGCGUGCCGUCGCCGCUGGUCCCUCGGCCCCCGCAUGUCCGCCGCCCGCGAGUUCGCCGCCGCGGGCGCCCUCGGAGGCCGGAUCUACGUCAUCGGCGGGUGCCUCCCGCCGGCCGAUGCCUGGGCCGAGGCCCUCGACCCCGCCUGCGCGGCUUGGUCCACCGUCCCCAGCCCGCCCCACCUCCGGGAGAAGUGGAUGCAUGGCAGCGCCGUCCUUGCUGGGAGGCUCCUCGCGGUGGCAGACCGAGGAGGCGUGGUGUACGAUCCGGCGGCGGAAGUGCCCUGGCGCCCCGUGCCGGCGGCGCUCGACCUCGGGUGGAGGGGGAGGGCGGCGGUAGUGGGAGGGAUUCUGUACUCUUACGAUUACCUAGGGAAGAUAAGAGGAUACGAUCUGGAGACCGAUGAAUGGAAGCAGGUGGAGGGGUUGGAGAGGGAGUUGCCCAAAUUCUUGUGCGGCGCCACUCUGGCGAACUUGGGGGGAUUGCUGUGCGUUGUGUGGGAAGGGAAGAGGAGAGGAAGGAGUGGUAGCAAGGAAAUGGAGAUUGAAUGGGCAGGGAUCGAGGUCUUGAAGACUGACGAUGGAGGGCUGCAAGGUUCGAUUGUGUGGUCGGAGUCUAUCAUUCUGGCAGUCCCAAAGAGGUCCUCGGUUGCUCACUGCGUGGCAGUGGAGUUGUGACCCUCCAAAAAUUGAAUUCUGGUUGAUGUGUAAUUCUGUUACAGUAUGCAGCUCCCAGAGAUUAAUAUUACCGGGAUAUACCCUUAUGGUUCUGCUAGCAAGACCGUGAAGUGAUAGGGGACAAAUCGGAUGAUGGAAAAAGAUUGAAAGACAAAUUGGAUGAUGCAAAAAGAUUGAAAAUUGAAAGGAUCGAACCAUGUGAUUUGAUUAUCAUGUAAACAAACCUGGUGCAGGUAAAAUUCUCAUGUAUUUUCAAUGCUUGGCUUUUUGUGUAAAAUUAAAAAAAGAUUAUGCAUGUGUAGCAUGAAUUAUUAGACCAAUCAAUUAUCAAUUUAAGCUGUGAAUUAAUGGUUUCUUCAUGGACACAGCUUUAUCCCUAA